AUGGCGCCGCCUAUUUGCACAAAAACUUUCAAACUCAACAACGGCCUUGAUUUCCCGGCUGUUGGUCUUGGUACCUGGCAGGGUAUGUUAUUAUGCUUAGGCAGCCGAGGCACAGAUGAUGCCAAAGCACUAGAAGAGUCCAUCAUCCACGCUCUCAAGGUGGGAUAUCGCCUCAUCGACACAGCACAGCUUUACGGAGUCGAAGACAUCGUGGGCAAGGCUAUUCAUAAUAGUGGUGUCCCUCGUUCCGAGAUCAUCGUUGUAACAAAGUUCUGGGGAGAGUGGCAUCAUGACCCGGCGGCUGCGUUGCAAAUCUCGCUAGAUACUCUUGGCCUUGAUUACAUCGAUGUCUUCCUCAUGCACUGGCCCUGGGCUACGACUCCAGCCCCUGAAAAGAAAGUUCUGAGGAAGUGGGAGAGCCCAACGUUUAUUGAGACCUGGAAGUUGAUGGAGUCUCUUGUCGGCGAAAAAUGCAGGACCAUCGGCGUCAGCAACUUCAUGCCCAAGGUGAUGGAUGAGCUGCUUGCUGAGGCAAAGAUCGUGCCAGCCAUAAACCAGGUCGAGAUGCAUGCAUUCAACCCAAACCUAAAGCUGGUGCCUUACUGCCAGGAGAAAGGCAUUCAUGUUAUGGGAUGGAGCACCCUGGGCGGCUCGCGUGCUACGCAAAAUGAGAUUCUUACCCACGAGCUGUUCACGAGUAUUGCAAAGGCACAUCAAUGCUCCCCUGGCGUUGUUUCUCUCUCUUGGGCUGUUCAGCGAGGCACUACGAUUAUCCCAAAGAGCGCGAACAAGUCUCGCAUCGAGGAGAACAUUCGAUUAGUCACACUUACCGACGAGGAAAUGAACAAGAUCAAUGAGGCUCACAAGACGAUCCGAAGAGAGCGGUUCUCUAACAACAUUGAAUCGCAGCAUAUGAUCAUCGAUGGCGUUAAGACGCAACAGGGCUGGACGUACGUUGAUAUGGGAUACGAAGACGAAAAUGGUAAUUGGCUGGCGUAG